AUGCCAUUUUCCGCUCAGCCACGCUUGGUACAACCACUCAUCCUUAUCUGGAAAUUCACAGAGAGCAAUUUUCCAACAUUCGUCAUCCCAAACUCAGCAUUUGGUAUCCUUUCAGCGUUAGCAGGGAAAAGACUCACCGACUGUGGGGAGAAUGUCCAGACCGACAUUCUUGCACGACGGAUACCGCUUAUUAUCUUAUUCAAUUGGGCCAACGUUUUCAUAUUCGACCUGGCAAAUCAACGCCUACCUGAAGCAAUAUUGGAGGACAAACUCAACAAGCCCUGGCGUCCAUUGCUGACAGGACAAAUCACCUCCGAGACAACACGGAGGGUAAUGCUGUUUUCAAUUCCAGCCACUGUAGCAAUAAGCUUCGUGUUGGGUGUCGGAUCCGAAAGUUCCUUGAUCAUGAUUCUCACCUGGCUGUACAAUGACCUUCGUGGCGGAGAUGAAAUUGUCAGAGAUCUCAUAAUUUCAGCAGGUUAUGCACUUUAUUUCACUGCUUCACUGAGAAUUGGCAUUGAUUUGGAUUGCCUGGUUAGCACACAAGGGUAUCAGUGGAUUCUCAUUGUGGGUGGAAUCAUUCUCACGACUAUGCAGAUCCAGGAUCUGAAAGACCAGUUCGGUGAUAAGACACGAGGUCGUAGGACAUGGCCUCUUGUUCUUGGUGAUCGUGUCUCACGUUGGAUUAUUUCAAGUUUUGUUUUGUUUUGGAGUAUUGCUUGUCCAUUCUUUUGGAAUUUGCCAGCAUGGGGAUACCUCUGGUCGGGGCUUCCAGGGGUUUGGGUAACAUUCCAGGUCUUACGGAAGAGAAAUGAUUCCGCUGCAUGGAGAUAUUGGUGUGUAUGGCAGAUUGUUGUAUAUACGCUCCCCUGGUUGGCCACAGAUUAG